GCUGGUUUGACGCUCGGCUUACUGGGCCUGGAUCCGCUUCUGCUACUUAUAAAGGAACGCGCGGGUAGAAGCGAAAAGGAACGUCGAAUGGCGCGCAACUUGCUCCCUCUGGUACAACAGCAUCACCGGCUUCUGGUAACGCUGCUGCUCAUGAAUUCCAUCGCCAACGAGGCUCUGCCUAUUUUCUUGGAAGGACUAUUAUCGCCCACCGUCGCAGUUCUCGUCUCUGUCACGCUCGUACUUUUCUUUGGAGAAAUUAUUCCGUCGGCCAUCUUUACCGGGCCGAACCAGCUGCAAAUUGCCAAUCGACUGGCACCGCUCGUUAAAGCCGCCAUGUGUGUGUUGGGACCGAUUGCCAUUCCGAUCGCCAAACUUCUCGACUGGUUUCUACACGACGAUGACGGGGAGUCUUUGUCGGCUUACAAUCGGGGUGAACUGUCUGCUCUGAUUCUGUUGCACGAAAUGUCCGCGCCGGUGCAGUCGGGAAGACCUACAUAUGAACGAUCAACAAGCAUUCACGUAGACGAAGUCACUAUGGUGGAAGGAGCACUGCAAAUGAAAACUAAGGUAGCUGUUGAUGUCUACACACCAUUGCGCAAAGCAUUUUUGCUUUCAGACGAUACUCUCUUGACCGAGAAAGAAAUCGUGCAAAUAUAUGCCUCAGGAUAUUCCCGUAUCCCCAUCUACCGGAAGGAUCCAGAGGAUCCGACUUAUAAGUCCAAUGUGAUCGGUGUUCUAAUUACAAAGCAACUCAUUGUCGUCAAUUCCCGGGAUAAGCGACCGUUGCACACGCUCCCACUUUAUACUCCGCGGUGUGUCAGUCACGACAUGAGUCUAGUAGAUCUUCUCAAUCAGUUCCAAACAGGA